ACUGAGCGACUACUGUCUGUAUUAUAUAUUUUUAAACAAUGAAAUAAAAGUUCGGCUUGUGAAGCAUCCACACUAAUUUGACAGGUGGUUUAUUUGCACUGUGCGGGAGCUUGUUUGAUGCUUGAGCCACGGAGCACUCACAGAAGCACCGCCUGGUUUUCAAAAUAACUGAUUAUCGCCCACCAAUACUGUAUUAGUAAUUUCAGCUCCAAUCAAUUAAAAUACGAUGACGAUAAUGUUCACUAUGGUAUCUGUUUAUAGUCUAUUAGUUUUAAAAUGUUUAGUAGUACAACUCGUUAGUACAACCGGCCCCUUUGCUAAUGACAUAUCCAGUCAGGUUCGUAACCCAGCAGUAUACAUCUUCACAUUUUUGUAAAAUGACUUUACAUUUACUUCAGAAGAUUCAACGUUUCAGUAAAUUCAAACGAUAAACUUCACAUCUCGCGCAGAGGGAGAAUACAAACGUUAAAGUUUCAAACGCCGUUCAGUGGGUUGGCAUUGCAGACCGGGGGUUUCAGUUCCGCGUUACUGUUUUCUAAGCAUCACUCGUGAACGCUUAUUCACCGCUGCUACUCCCCGUUAGAAAACUGACUUCCCUGCAUUUUUUUAACGCAAUACUGAAUGUGAAAGUAGAUGUGUACACUUGUUUGAAGUACCCGCCCAGAGGACUACUGAGACACGUACAUCAACUAGUCCUCAUCAGAUUUAAUUCGCCGCGUCGAUUGUGAGUUUCUAACCCUGAGAUUCCUUAAUCAGUCAUUGUCACUACAAACAAACUAUUUACAUACAUACCAAUAGGUUUCUUGUUGUGCCCCACCCAUAAAUGGCGCCGCGCCGCCCCACCCCUGUAGUGAUCCAGUGGAUCAAGAAACCCCGUGUGCUUAAAGGCUUUUCACUAAACUUGCAAGAUAAACAGAACAUAAAAAAAAAACUAUGUAAUUUAACGUUUACCCAUAGACUGCCAAUUAAAUACACCUAUAUCUACUGGAAAAUGCAAUUAAAUUUUCUUUCAUGGAUGUCUUGAACUGAAGCGAAACAGCUUGUUUUCUUUCGCCGCCAUUUUGGAAACCCUGAUGACAUCACAAAGUACGUUCCCUGCGUGCUACGACGUUGAGCUGCUGCUGCCGAGUGCUAACUGCAGAGGAGACAAAGCGACGAACUAAUUGACUCAUCGUUCAAUUAAAUACUUUUUAAUUUAACUGUUUGGGUACCGAAACGGACUGUAACAGAGUUCUGGACAUUCUGGUUAUAAAGACGAACGUAACACAUCUGAGCAAAAGGAUGCGUGAUGGUGCCACAAAAAUUACACUGAUUGGAACAGUAAAACUCACGUGGACUUGUGUAGAAGACUAAGUGAUGGACCUCACUUUUCAUAUUAUCACAAUCUAUUAAAAAAAAAAAAAAAAAAAAAAAAAGACAAGACACAUGCUUCUAAGUCACAACAUAAGCUCUUAAAAGACCUUUUUUUUUUUUUUUUUUUUUUUUUUUAACAAGGACAUUUGUUUGGAUUAGAGGACACAUUUCUAAAAUGGAUAGUGAGGAGGAUUUGUCUUAUAACAGUGAGGAUACAAGUUCAAAACAUGAUGAUUUUACAGAAGAUAAUGGAAAGCCACAAAAUACAAAGGGAAGUGUUGAUAUUAAAGACAAACCUGGCCAUUCUGAAUGUGAAAAUGUGCAUACUGGCUACACUAAUACUCUUUGUGAUGCAGCAGUUUAUGCCAAUUCUUUUGCAACUUCACCAGGGACAUUGGCUAAGGAAUCCUGCUCUGUGACCUCUCCUGAAAGGCUGUCUGAUAUGCCUCCUGAGCUGGCUUCUGGACAAUCAACAAUAGACACACCAACAGCAAUAUUGCCUUCUCCAGAAUGGGUGUGUGAGAAAGACAUUCAGACUAUAACCUCAACUUCAGAUGUAAAAACCAAGGGUCCAGUUUUGAAUGACGACCAGGGUUCAGUUUUACAGCAAAACAAAAAAACUAUGAAGAGAAAAACUGAAACAAUUGAUGACGAGACAUCAGAAAAAGUCAACAAAACCAAAAAUAUUAAAGAGGAGUCAGAAAAUUGCAUAAAUGACAGUAGUGAGGAAAAGAGUGAGACCUUCAUUGGUUCACCUGGCAGAUUUGUUGCUAGAGAAAAUGAUGAAUAUGGAAAUUUGCUUACCGGGUACACUAGUACACUUUAUGAUGUAGCAAUGGAUGCUGUUACACAAAGUCUUCUGUCAUCAAUGAGAAAUAAUGUUAACCCAAGGAAAAAGUCACCUGCUUGGAAUCAUUUUUUAAUAUCCCCAAGAGAUAAUACCAAAGCAAUCUGUAUGUACUGCAUGAAAGAGUUUAGUCGGGGUAAGAAUGAAAAAGACUUGAGCACAAGUUGUCUAAUGAGGCAUGUGCGGAGGGCUCAUCCUACGGUACUUUUACAGGACAGUGAAUGCUCUUCAAAUUCCAUUCCUAAUUCGGUUGCUACCUCUGUGUUGCCUCCCAUAAAUCCACCCAAUAAUGGGGAACUAGCAUCUCAAAAGAAUACUUCCAUGGUAUGUUCACCAGAUGAGAUGGAAGAGACUCCACCUAAGGAAGAAUUUCCAACGACCCCAAUAUCGGACAAGUGUGUCAAAGAUGAGACUGGCAUGGCUUCUUCCCCAUAUUCCAGUAAUAACCAUAAUGAAGAUGCAAUGGAGAAUCAGUCUGUCACUCCAAAAAAUUCAAACUCAAGAAGAAGAUCUGCUGUUUGGAAACAUUUUUAUCUAUCUCCUGCAGACAGUUCAAAAGCAGUGUGUAUACAUUGUAUGAAUGAAUUCAGCCGCGGGAAGAACGGAAAAGACCUGGGAACAAGCUGUCUUAUAAGACACAUGUGGAGAGCCCACCGUGACAUUGUUAUAGAAGAGAAUGGAAAUGGUUCAAGUAUUCCACCACAUUAUUCAACACCCCCCACUUUGUUACCAACGUUCCAGCUCCCAGACACAGGGGAUUCAAAAUUAAAAAAAGAUUCCCAUUUCAUAACCUCUUCUCCUGAAGGGAUGACUGAUGAGGUGCCACAGAAUAUCAAUGAAAGCAUGGACAUUAAAGAGGAGCCUGAUGAUGCACUUUAUCACCUGUCUACUGGUCAAGCAUUAAUAGACACACCAGUAACAGCACUGUCUUUUCCUGAAGGGGUUAGUGAGAAAGACAUUUUGCUUACCUCAUCGCCUGAUGAUCUGUCUGAGGGUCCAAGUUUAAAUAAAGACCAGAGUUCAGUCUUCCAGCAAAAUAAGAAAAUUAUGAAGAGAGUGAAAUCAGAAGUGUGGCAUCAUUUCAUUGUAUCUCCAGUUGAUCAUCUUAAGGCUUUAUGUAGAUAUUGCCCCUGUGUCAUUAGCAGAGGAAAAAGAGGGGAUUUUGGCACAAGCUGUUUGAUGAGACAUCUGAUGAGGCGUCAUCCUAAUGUUCUCAAGAACCAAAAAGGCACAUUUGAGAAUAUUCCUUCAUCUCCUCGAUCACCCUAUGCUACACUAGCUGCUGCAGAAGCUCUGUCAUCUAAGAUUACUGAAAACUCCUCCAUGGUUGAGGAAAAGCCACACAUAUUACCUGUUACUAGUAAAAAGACAUCUAAAUUGUGGAAUCAUUUUUCUAUCUGUACUACAGAUCCAACAAAUGUUGUGUGUUUGCACUGUAGUCGCACAAUAAGCAGAGGAAAAAAGACUACCAACCUCGGGACAAGUUGCUUGUUCCGUCACAUGCAGAGAUUUCAUGGAAAUGUUCUUGAAAACAAGGGCAAUGUCUCAAGAGUUAUGGUAUCUUCCUCUGUAGACCUCCAAGCCAGAUCUGAUUCAAUGGAAACUACUACUGCUACUACAUCUGAAGACAGCAAUGAAAGAUACAAUGAAUAUCAUCCAAUUGCCAAAAAAAUUACCAAACUUGUUGCUGAAAUGCUUGCAUUGGACCUUCAACCACCAUCCCUUGUGGAAAAUGAUGGAUUUAACAGAUUACUGGAAUAUCUUCAACCACAGUAUUCCAUACCUUCAUCAACCUAUUUUUCCAGCACAGCCAUACCUGAAAUGUAUGAGAGUGUGAAGGAAGUAAUUGUUUCACAUCUUAAGGAGGCUGAAGGUGGCAUUGUUCAUUUCACAGCUGGAAUUUGGGUUAGCAAUCAGACACAUGAGUACUUGACACUUACUGCUCACUGGGCAACCUUUGAAUCAUCUGUUCGACCUCAAGGGCAAGAUUUCCACUGUUCUGCUCUUCUGAAUGUUUCUCAAAUUGACUGUGAUUACAAUCUCACGGACAUUAAGAAACAGAUAGAAUACUUGUGGGACACAUGGAUUAUAUCCUCUGGUCUGAAAAUUGGCUUCACUGUAACAGAUAAUCAGAGUAUUGCAAAUAUCCUUGAUGACAAUGAACAAGCAAGCAUGCAGUGUUUUGGACAUACUAUUGAUCUCAUUGUAAGUGAAGCCAUAAAGAGUCAGAGAAUGGUUCAAAAUCUACUCAGCACUGCAAGAAAAAUUUGUGAGCGCGUUCAUCGUUCAGCAAAGGCAAAAGAGAAAUUGGCAGAGUUGCAAAAAGCGCACGACUUGCCUGAAAAUCAGCUAGUCCAGGAUAUCCCUUCCAAGUGGAAUACGUCUUUUUACAUGCUUGAACGUUUAGUUGAACAGAAGAAAGCAAUCGAUGAGUUGUCUAUAGAGUGCAACUUCAGGGAACUGAUCAGUUGUGAUCAAUGGGAAGUGAUGCAGUCCGUGUGCCAUGCUUUAAAACCUUUUGAGGUUGUCUGCAGGGAGAUGAGCACCCGAACAGCUACACUUGGACAAGUUAUUCCAUUGAUUCACAUUCUAAACAGAAAGAUAGAUAUGUUGUUUGAUGAAACCAUGGGUAUAGACAACAUGCUAAAAUCUUUGAAAGAUGGCAUGGUGAGCCGAAUGUCCUCUGCACUUCACGACCCGAGGUACGUCUGGGCUACUAUGUUGGACCCCCGUUAUAAGACCUCAUUAUUUACAGAGGAAGAAGCAGAACAGUAUAAACAUGAACUGGUCAAAGAACUAGAUUUAUCAUAUUCUACCUCAGGAGAGAGAAAGCCUAUUGUUUCUAAUGGCUGUAGCGAAGUUCCUGCUCCAUCUAACAGCGGUCCCAGUAACAAGGACAACCUGUGGGCCCUAAUGGAUGAUAUCAGAAAUAAAAUAAGAGAGGAAAGACCGAAGUCUUCAGAACUGACCGUACUUGAGUACUUGGAGGAAGAAAUAGUGGAUCAAAGCUGUGAUCCUCUUGAUUACUGGAACCUGAAGAAGUUCCUAUGGCCUGACCUUGCCAAAAUAGCUAUUAGAUACGUGGGAUGCCCCCCAAGCAUCAUUCCAGCAGAGACACUGUUCAGUACAGCCAGCAAGAGCUGUAGCCUGAAUCAAACAAGGUCAAUGCUGGAGAAUAUAGAAAGACGGAUCUUUUUAAAAGUAAACCUUCCCCUAAUAUAUUUUCAGUAUUGAAGAAUGCCUGAACUACUGUUUGAUGGAGUGGGAGUUUAGCUAUAGGAGGAUGUACUGUAACUUUUUUUUUUUUUUUUUACAGUUCUUUUUCUUUCUUACAAAUUUGUAAAUUAAUUUCUUCUUGUGCCUUAUGCAGAAUUCUUCAGGUCAAAAUGCUGUAAAUACUUAGUUUACCCAAGGUGUAGUCCAUGAAUUAAAGUGAGUAUGUGCUGUAGUUACUAGAUGAUCUACUUAAUGGUUCUUGAAAAAUGCAGCCUUAAAGGCAAAGCUGUGACUGGAAAUAUGUUUUUUUUUUUUUUUUAAUAAGGUAAUUUUAUUUGAUUCUUUCCUUGUGUAUGUGUCUCAUGGUACUGUUUAAAUUUAGAAGAUUAGUUUCCUUUUUAUAUUCCUGAAAGCAUUUGUAUGUAACAGGCAAUGCAUAUUGGUACUGUAUAAACAGUAUUUGUUCAAAUUUAUACUUUUAUCUCUCUUAAGCACAAAUUGUUUAUAUAACUAAAUGUUUUAUUGAGGGUUAAAUUAUGGGUAAAAAUCCAGUGAAUAUACAGUGUACAUUUAUACGUAUUCAUUUCCAUACUGAAUUUUUGUAAGUGUUCAGACUGGAAACAUACUAAUAAUGUGGUAUAUUGUAAAUAAAUAAAGCAUUUUUCUCUUGGAA